AUGCAACAAAAUGCCAUCCUCACAUUGAUCCGACAUGCCGAGACUACCGGCAACCUGAACCGUUUGCUUCAAGGCGUCACCGAUUCGCCCAUCACCGUUUUCGGCCAAGCUCAGAUCGAUGCCCUCGCCUACACAUGGUCCACCACUCUUCCUACAGUAAACAAAGCAACAAGCAUCGAAGCGAGCGCUGGAAAGCAGCCUCGGGUAUCCCAUCUCGAUCUGCCACCGCCAACACUGAUUGUAUGCAGUCCUAUCGGCAGAGCACGAAAGACAGCCGAAGCUGUGCAUCGAGCUUGCACGUCAGACCAAGGCCAGAACGCCGGUGUGCUAGAGGAGGCAAUUGCAGAAGGGUCAAGAGUGCAGCUAGCUACUGACACAAGCUCGGGACCGGGACUGGUGUUGAUUGUCGAUGCAGGAUUGGCGGAAAAGGAUUUUGGAUAUAAAGAGUCCACUCGCCGAGGUGUCCACGUACCCGGCUAUCCUAAAGGCCAUGGCUGUGGAGAGUCUCGCUCCGACUUCGCCACAAGAGUUCACAAAGUAGGCUUGGAGUGGCUCAACGCUGCCUCCGCUCUGGCCUCCUCGUCCCAGGAACAGCCAGUACGUAUUCCACACAUUCUCCUUGUCUCUCACGGUAUGUGGAUCUCCACUUUUCUAGCGACGCAUCCUCCGACCACAAUCACACAGGUUUCGGGUCAACCAAGGUCUCUUCCCUUUGCUUCCAAUACGGGCAUGUUUAGUCUCAAAGUACAAGCUCGGCUUUCGAGCACAGAGACAGUAACAGCUCUGGCCAGACCUGGGACGGAGUUAUUCAGAGCCAAUGACAUCCGACAUCUCGAACAUGUCAAACGACAAAAGGGAGGCAUUGGAAGAGGCGCCUUUGAUGGCAAACAGUUGAAGCUCAGUGCUUUCUUUGCAAAGCCAACGAAUCAGGCGGAUCAAAACGGAGAGGAGGAUUCUUGCUCCCCUCCGACAAAACAGCGCAAGACGUAA